ACUGUACCUCAGCACGUCUGUGGCUGCGGGACAUCACUAGUUUCUUACACAGCAAUGGUGUGAACUUGGUCCACUCUUGAUCCAGUCUCUUCCACAGUGCAGUAACUUUGCUGGGAUUCUUAGCAAUAACUUUGUUGACAAGAAUUCCCAGAGAGUUUGGAUCAGGACUCAAGGCUGGCCAUUACUUCAUUCAUUAUUUCAGUGUUCUUAGCUUCAAGCAACUGUUUUAAUCAUUUAGCAGUGUGACAGAGAGGUCUGUUUUGCAUGAAGAUUGCGGGCUGAUUGGGAAAUGCUCACGGGGAAGGAACCACAUGUGGUUUAAAGAGAUUCCUGACUCCUGCCACAGAAAACAUCCUCCAAACCAUGACACUUUCAGCCUGGUAUAUGAUCCAUGAAACUGUAUGUUAUUUUAUUGUUUUGCAGAAAUCUUUACUUUAACCAAAAUAUGGAUUUCUCAGAAAAUGAGACGUAUGACUAUGAUGAGCAUGACAACAUCACCUACAACUAUGAUGAUUACACAUCCAUCUGUGAAAAAGAAGAUGUUCGCUCCUUUGCUAGCGUCUUUCUACCCGUUGUGUAUGGGUUAUCUCUAGUAGUGGGUCUAACAGGAAAUACUCUGGUAUUGGCUGUGUAUGUGUAUUCCAAACGCUUGAGGACACUGAUGGACAUGUUUGUGGUGCAUCUGGCUGUGGCUGACCUCCUACUCCUUUUGACCCUACCUUUCUGGGCUGCUGCUGCCGUUCAGGGCUGGGAGCUAGGAGAGGUUCUCUGCAAGAUUGUCACGGCCUUAUACACCAUCAACUUCACAUGCAGCAUGUUACUCCUGGCCUGCAUCAGUCUGGACCGCUACCUUUCAAUAUUCUCAGGACACAAGGAUCGUUUCCUGGGCCGGAUAUUUAAGAGGAACUACUCCACCAAGCUCUGCCUGGUAGUGUGGACAAUUAGUUUCUUUCUAGGAAUCCCUGAUUUGGUGCUCUCGACUGUUAAAGAGCUUCCUGAUAGAAGGGUCUGCAUGGUCAUGUAUCCGUCAAGCAUGGCUAUUCAAGCAAGAGUGGGCAUGGAGGUAAUAGAAAUGCUGCUGAGUUUCUUGGUGCCAUUGCUGAUGAUGAUUUAUUGCUAUUCCCAUGUGGUAAAGAAGCUAUUGGAGCUUCCACCAGAGAACAGGGGGAAGAGGUGGACAACAAUUCGUGUCUUAUUGGCAGUGGUUGGCGUAUUCAUGCUUACACAGUUUCCCUACAAUGUUGUGAAAUUCUGCCGAGUCCUGGAUGUGAUUCACACACUAAUAAGCCACUGUGGGACUAGUAAAGCAAUGGACCAGGCAGCUCAGAUUACUGAAGGUCUGGCAUUGAUCCAUUGCUGCCUGAACCCUCUGCUUUACGUCUUUAUUGGCUCGUCUUUUAGAUCACAUGUCCUAAGAAUUGCCAAAGCCUUUGGCCAGAGGAGGAGAGCGGCACAAAGGAGAGAAGAUUGUGGUGUGGAGACUUCCUUAAAUUCACAUUCACAAUCUCAGAAGACAAGCACCUUUUCCAUAUGAGAAUAUUUAAGAUUUAAGCAAUUUAUAGAAGAUGAAAUAUGUAUUUCUGUGUAUCUUGUCUACAUUCUGUAUUUAACAUAUUUAGAUAUUAUCAUAUUAUCAAAGUCUCCAGUUAGAGUUUUAAUCCUGCAGCAUGAAAAGGACUAGAAAAACAAGCCGGUUGAACUGGAAGGACCUUUUUAUUCGUUUUAACGGUAAACAAAACCCAAACCCCAACUGACAGAAAUGUGUUAGGACAAUAUGUGCAGAAUCGAUUUAAUACCUUUUUAUUCUUUAAGUAAAUUACUCAAAAGUGAAGAUGAACAAAGUAACAAUUAAAAAGGAACUGAACAAGACCGGUCCAGCCAAGACUAUGAGGGCACAAAACACUGUAUCAACAAAACAUAAGCUCUUCUUUAACAAUAGCUAUAACUUCUUCUGACUACAUGUGGCUAUGUAUCCUUGCAAUUCAUACACUGAGUUAUAAUAAGUACAGGGCUUGUUGAAGGAAAA